AUGAGCUCAAGAAUGCAAAGAAAUCGACCUCUGACUUUUUUCAGUCACAUCAAUAAAAGGACGCAGUACGAGCGUCCGGGCACGUCAACUACAAUGUCACGAUAUGAUGUGCUACCAACGACGGCCACUCACAAGACGAACGGUAUUAUUUCCAAUGGUCAUCAGUCUUCACCGGCGCACCAACAACGGCAGAAACAACCCCCUCCUCUCAAGCCGCCCAGAAAGGCGGCAAUCCAUUCUUCACCCGUGAUCCUCAACAACUACGUGGGUGAAAUGGUGACGACAACGAUUAUGAAAGGCCCUAAAGGACUCGGUUUCACAUUGAUCGGAAAUGACGCUUCCAGUAAAGGAAAUGAGUUCAUACAGGUACAGCUUUAUUUAAUUCCUAUUUUUGUUUUGAUAAGCGGAGUAUUAAACUGUGCGGCU